CUGUCUCAAAAAAAAAAAAAAAAAAAAAAAAAAGCUGGGCACGGUGGUGGGCGCCUGUAAUCCCAGUUACUCGGGAGGCUGAGACAGGAGAAUUGCUUGAACCCAGGAGGUGGAGGUUACAGUGAGUUGAGAUCGCGCCACUGCACUCCAGCCUGGGCGACAAAACGAGAUUCUGUCUCAAAAAAAAAAAAAAAAAAAAAAAAAAAUUUAGAGGGGCGGGCAAGCCUGUAUUCCUAGCACUCCCGCAGGCCGAAGCAGGAGGAUCGCUAGAACCCAGGGAUUCAAGGCUGGGGCGAGCUAUGAUGGUGCCCCUGCACUCUAGCCUGGGCGACAAGGUGAGACUUUGUCUCAAAAGAAAAAAAGACCAGGCGCGGUUGCUCACACCUGUAAUCCUAGCACUUUAGGAGACCAAGGCUGGAGGAUCGCUGGAGCCCAGGAGUUCCAGACCAGUACCGGCAACAGAACUAGACCGUCUCUACAAAAAAGAAAAAAUAGAAACCUUAGCUGGGCUUGGUGGUGCGCAUCUGUGGUCCCAGAUACUCGGGAGGCUGAGGCGGGAGGAUCACAUGAGCCCAGGAGGUCGAGGCUGCAGUGAGGCUGAUUGCGCCACUGCACUCCAGCCUGGGCAACUGAGCAUGACCCCUCCUCAAAGCUAAUGGCGCUUCAUAAUUCUGCAGUUCAAGGAAGUUGCUGGGGUCGCGGGGCGGAGAACCGCCAGGAGGCUGGAGUCCAGGCAGCCUUCUCUGACACACGGUGAAGGCGCCGGAACUACAGCUGCCAUCGCGGAGCCGCUUCGGCCGCCAUAUCUGGGUGCACGGGAACUCGCAGAGGACAAACUCCCACGCGCGUUUUCGAUUUCUGCGCUUUCCUCGAGUGAGGCAAGACCUAGCAGAGGCCCAAGCCUGUCCCUCCCUGCCAGGAGCAGUCUCAUGCGGACCGAGCUGCUACGCGGGGCAUCCCCUCUGCUGGUGCCCGGCGACCCCUACUCCGUGGUGGUUCUGCUGCAGGGCUACGCGGAGCCCGAGGGGGUGGGCGACGCCGUGCGCGCCGACGGCUCCGUGACCCUGGUCCUACCCCAGACCCGGGGCCCGGCCUCCAGCCACCGAGAGUCCCCACGCGGGAGUGGCGGCGCAGAGGCCGCCCUGGAGGAGGCGGCCCGUGGCCCCAUCCUGGUGGACACCGGGGGCCCCUGGGCUCGGGAGGCGCUGCUGGGGGCGCUGGCGGGGCAGGGAGUGGCCCCGGGAGACGUGACGCUGGUGGUGGGGACCCACGGGCACUCGGAUCACAUCGGGAAUUUGGGGCUGUUCCCAGGCGCGGCUCUGCUGGUCUCGCACGACUUCUGCCUUCCCGGAGGCCGCUACCUGCCCCACGGGCUGGGUGAGGGGCAGCCCCUGCGCCUGGGCCCGGGGCUCGAGGUGUGGGCCACGCCGGGCCACGGGGGCCAGCGCGACGUGAGCGUGGUGGUGGCUGGCACGGCUCUGGGCACCGUGGUGGUGGCGGGAGAUGUGUUUGAGCGAGAUGGGGACGAGGAUUCGUGGCAGGCACUGAGUGAAGACCCCGCAGCCCAGGAGCGGAGCCGGAAGAGGGUCCUGGUCGUUGCCGACGUGGUCGUACCUGGUCACGGGCCCCCCUUUCGAGUGCUAAGGGAAGCCUCGCAGCCGGAGACGAAGGGUGGAGGGAACAGCCAGCAGGAGCCGGUGGUCGGAGACGAGGAGCCCGCCCUGCACUAAUCAGCCCCGAGAGGGACUGGACUCUUGUCAGGGAAGCCCUAACAGCGAGGAGCUGCUGGAGACAGAGUCAGAGCAGUCAAGGGUGGGAGCUUCCAGCCCUUCCAGGAGGCCAGUUUUCCAGUGAGGACAGAGUGCACCUGACACUGCCAUCACAUCGUCAGUAUCACUGCCUGUCUCUGCCACCAAACUAAGAUCAAAGGACGGGCUCAGCUCCCUGUGCAUUCUCCCUGGGCCUCAGUAAAAUGGGAGAAGGUUCCUGGGAGGGGCCUCCAAAAUAAAAAUGGAAACUGCAUUGAAAAUCA